CCAGCGGCCACACUGCGCAGCUGUGAGUGUCUGAGGAUGAGGAGCUGCUCUGUCUUCCGCAGACUCCUCCUGCUGCUCCUCCGCAGGUGUGCGCAGUUUUAACAUGACCGCAGAGUCGCUGCGUAAAACAGUCUGCGCACCCGCGUGGCGCUCGCCUCCUCUCCUCUUCCUCCUCAGCUGUUGAUCCGAACCGGUCCAUCUCAACAUGGCUGUGCGCGCUGCUCGAUCCGCUGGGUUCACCGCGGUCCUCCUGCUGUUCCUGGUCCUCGCCGGUUCCGCCUGGACCGGGGAUGCCCCCGCAGCUCACAACGGGACACCGAGCACCCAGGAGGACCCGGACCCGCAUCACGGAACCAACGCCACGAACCACAGGAAGGCUUUCCCCGUCCUCGCCUUCAACUACGACCACGUCAGGAAGCCCUUUGAGAUCUCGCUGUGGAUCCUGCUGGCGCUGCUCAUGAAGCUGGGUUUCCACAUCAUUCCCAGAGUGUCCCACGUCGUUCCGGAGAGCUGCCUGCUGAUCUUCGUUGGCCUGCUUGUUGGCGGCGUGAUCAAAGCCAUGGAUGAGAAGGCGCCGGUCCUGGACUCCAAGCUCUUCUUCCUCUACCUGCUGCCCCCCAUCAUCCUCGACGCCGGCUACUUCCUGCCCAUCCGGGCCUUCACGGAGAACAUGGGCACCAUCCUGGUGUUUGCGGUGGUGGGGACGCUGUGGAACGCCUUCUUCGUCGGCGGCAUGAUGUUCGCCGUCUGUCAGAUCGAGGCGGCCCAGGUCGGCCAUGUUGACCUGCUGUCCUGUCUGCUGUUCGGCUCCAUCAUCUCGGCCGUGGACCCCGUGGCGGUCCUGGCCGUGUUUGAGGAGAUCCACAUCAACGAGCUGCUGCACAUCCUGGUGUUUGGAGAGUCGCUGCUUAAUGACGCCGUCACUGUGGUUCUGUAUCACCUGUUUGAGGAGUUUUCUCACGCAGGAACUGUGACCGUUGGCGACGCCUUCCUUGGUGUGGUCUCUUUUUUUGUGGUUUCCCUUGGCGGCAUCCUGGUAGGUGUCAUCUACGGCGUCCUGGGAGCCUUCACGUCCCGCUUCACCUCGCACUCCCGUGUCAUCGAGCCCCUGUUUGUCUUCCUCUACAGCUACAUGGCUUACCUCUCUGCAGAGGUCUUCCAUCUGUCCGGAAUUAUGUCUUUGAUCGCCUGUGGUGUGGUUAUGCGGCCGUACGUGGAGGCCAACAUCUCCCACAAGUCCUACACCACCAUCAAAUACUUCCUGAAGAUGUGGAGCAGCGUGAGCGAGACGCUGAUCUUCAUCUUCCUCGGCCUUUCCACUGUGGAAGGUCCCCACAACUGGAACUGGAUCUUUGUGAUCUUCACCCUGGUCCUCUGUCUCCUCUCCAGAGUGUUGGGAGUCGUCGGUCUCACGUUCAUUAUAAAUAAAUUUCGUAUUGUGAAGCUGACCAAAAAGGACCAGUUCAUUGUGGCCUAUGGUGGCCUGCGAGGUGCAAUCGCCUUCUCUCUGGGUUUCCUUCUGACGGACAGUGAGAAGAAGCACAUGUUCCUCACCGCCAUCAUCACGGUCAUCUUCUUCACCGUCUUUGUGCAGGGGAUGACCAUCAGGCCUCUGGUGGACCUCCUGGCCGUGAAGAGGAAGAAGGAGAGCAAAGCGUCGAUAAACGAGGAGAUUCACACACAGUUCCUGGAUCACCUGCUUACAGGAAUCGGAGACAUUUGUGGACAUUAUGGACAUCAUCACUGGAAAGACAAGCUGAAUCGCUUCAACAAGACGUACGUGAAGAAGUGGCUGAUCGCAGGCGAGCGCUCCAACGAGCCGCAGCUCAUCUCCUUCUACAACAAGAUGGAGAUGAAGCAGGCCAUGAUGCUGGUGGAGAGCGGGAGCGCCGCCAAGCUGCCCUCCGUCAUGGCGGCCGCCUCCGCACAAAACAUCCAGCAACAGAGGGAAGAGGCCCGACAACAAAAGCUCCUGAAGAUCUCAAAGACCCGCGAGGCCGAGAUCCGUAAGGUGCUGCGGGCCAACCUGCAGAAAACCCGGCAAAGGCUGCGCUCCUACAGCAGACACGACCUCUUCAUGGACCCGUUUGAAGAAGACAUGAGCGAGGUCCGCUUCAGGAAGCAGAAGGUGGAGAUGGAGAGGAGGAUGAGCCACUACCUCACCGUCCCCGCUAAGCGACAGGAGACGCCCUCCGUGAGGAAAGUCUGGUUUGAACCAGAGCACAAAGUUUACACGUACGAUGACAGCCAGAGCCCCCGGAGCGGCGCCAUUCAGCUGAAUCCCCGCCCCUCUGAUGGCGCCGCCCUGCUGGACGGGUCGCCGCAGGGCUCAGAACCGAGCGCCGCCCCGCAGUCCGCGGACCAAUCAGAGAGGCAGAAACCAUCCCGCUGCCUCAGCGAUCCGGGUCCCAAUGAGGAUGAGGAAGAAAGCAUCUUUUUCUCGUCGCGAUGAAGGACGCUGGUCUAGGCAGCUGAUGGCGCCCAGCUGGAUGUUUGUUGUUUUAGUGUGAAAUGAUGCAGGUCUGUGUUUUCAGCACCAAAGGACCUUCAGGGGGGGUUUAACAGUCACGUGGACCAAAAGAGUAUUUAACAAGUCCCUCAAAGCACAAAGGAGCUCUGCUUAUAAUCCUAAAUAAUGUCACUACACUGGAGCAGCUCGUUGCUUUGUAGCAAUAGUUAAUUAAUCAGUUUUACUUCUGAAUGAGGCGUCGAUAGGAUGGAGACGUCUCAGGACUGGAGUAAAAACAAAGAAGCAACCAAAGAGAAAGCUUUAAAGUCCUGCAGGAGGCCUGGGGACUCACAGGGGUGUCUGGGAACCGAGAAGGAAAAGCUGAAGCUGGGAUUACAGGUUGAUAAGAGGCAGGUGAGAUUUCUGCGUGUGACUCUGUCCUCCAGCCCAGAAUAACGGGAGCGUCGGUCUUAGAGGUGUUCCCGGUUAGUCCUGCCGUCUCACUGCAGGCCGCCUCCACAAUGUUCUCAUUUCUUUAUGAAACAUCCUUCUAAGAUGCUGCCAGUGGACUUUAUUCUGCUGAAUCUGAGACGCAGAGUCAAAGCAGACGGAACCAGUUCAGGAAUCAGGAGGAACGUUCCAGCCGGCGGCGGAACCAGAGACGGGCCGUAUUUACUCCAGAUCAUACAAACCCUCGCUGAGACCUCCUCCACUCGCUGCUCCAACUGACUGUCGGGUGCCUCGGUAACUGCCUGAUUAAAGAUAUUACAGCACUUGCGCCCUCCGGUGGCUGUCUUAGACGUGUGAACCGAUCCGCGUCAGGUUCUGGCCGUUCCUCCUGGUUCUCUGGCUGCUUGUUUCAGUUCCACUUUCAGGCUUGAGUUUUUGUGAAUCCUCGUCUCGUCUCGUCUGCAGCACCACAGACUUCUCAUAGUGUGAUCUGCUCGUUGCUUAAAUUAGGAACAAAUAGUUAUAGACAGGAAAGGCUGCGGCGAUCGGCUUUAACUACAGAGAUGGAGAAUGAAAAUCAGCCGAGAGGCGUUGCUUCAGGCUCCUGCUGCCGUUUCCAGGCUGAAGCUUUAAAUUGAUGUCAGGAUGUUCAGUUCCCAGAGAGUUUUAACGAUGAGACGCCUGUGAAGAAAGUUGGACAUCUAACAUGUCUGUAUUUUCUCUGGAAAACCAGGAAUUGUUUUUUUUUUUUUUAAAGCAAACUAAACCUGUAUUCAUAUUUCCUUCUACAUCUAAAGGAUUCAGUAAAAUAUUGCUUUAAUAAUUAAAAUCAAUCCCAUCCUCCUGAGCGAUCCGGUUCUGCCAGAACGCUGCAGUGACCUCGGUUUGUCUGAACGGGUCCAACGAGGUUCUGCUGAUCCGUGGCGUUUCAUCAGGGACUCAAACGUGGUGAGCCGGAUCCCGGCAGCUGAAGCGAACUCCUGCUUUGAGUCACUUUCGUGAUCUGAAGAGUUUUUGGAGCUUUGCAGUAAAUGUUGACGUUUCAUCACGUUCCUCCUCACUGAGGACGCUUUAAAGCUUGUUAACGUCUGCGCCGCACAGAACCAAGCUGCCUUUGCUUCUGCUGUGUUUUUAUAUUUGGUGUUGUACACAUUUAUCACAUGAAGGGAAGCUUUAAUAAAUAAAGGUUUAUUGCUAAAUUGG